UCAGUCCCACCAGUUCCCACUCCCGUCCGUGGCAUUUUCGCAACGGGCUGGCAGGUUGCGGCGGUUUCGUAGCCCGCAAAGCCCCACUUUGACCCAACGUUGCCGCUCUGAUUGUCGGGUCCAAGAGUGACAUCACCCUCGUCCAAUUGGUCCUGACUUUGCCUCCGUUCCCAACCUCGGUUCCCAGUCGGUUGCCCCGAUCGGCUUGGUCCGCCCACAGACCCUCCGGCAAGGGCGGGCGACUGUCAAGGCAGUAGGGGGGAGGACGCGCUGGGGUGGAGAAGGCGGGCUGUACGGGCGUGCGGGCAGGACGCACCCAGGUGCUUGCGGCUGAGGCGGGAAGUCUUCAGCUGACAGCCCAGUUGUGCGCAUCCAUCCCUCGGCCAGUAGCUGCCACCUCACAGAAAAGAAUAUGUGAAGUUUUGGGGUCCAUUAUCUGCUUUUCAGAGAAUUUAUUUAAGAUAUUUAUUAUCACCAAAAACCGAAAGAAAAUUCUUCAGCUAAGCUGGAUUCUAUUAUUUGAAGUUCAGACAUUCUUGUAAAUCAACAUUCCUGUGAACAUGAAGUUGAAUGCUUCAACCAAUUAUUUUGUUGCCUUUUUUCCAUUUUUUUAUCUGGCAGGCCUGCAAUACUCAACUGCUAUUGGAAGUAAUGUUCGUGACAUGAUACACGGAAUCACAGUUCACAUACGAGAUGAACUAAAAGGUUAUGGACCAAUUUUUGAAGAGCAACCCAUUGAUACCGUGUACCCAGAAGAGUCUCCAGAUGCAAAAGUGUCAAUGAACUGCAGAGCCAGAGGAAUCCCUACACCUACUUACAAGUGGCAACGUAACAACUGGGAUGUUGAUAUUAAACUGACAAAAGAACAUUACAGUAUGGUAGGAGGUAACCUGGAAAUCAAUAAUCCUGAGAAGUCAAGAGAUGAAGGAACAUAUGUUUGCAUAGCAUACAAUAUACAUGGAACUAUAAGGAGCCGGGAAGCAACUUUAAACUUUGGUUAUUUAUAUCCUUUUCCUCCGGAAGAGAGACAUGCAGUAAAAGUACGAGAAGGUGUAGGUGCUGUUCUUCUCUGUGAUCCUCCACCUCAUUAUCCAGAUGAUCUAAGUUAUCGCUGGUUUCUGAAUGAUUUCCCAGAAUUCAUUACCUUGGAUAAACGGCGAUAUGUGUCACAAACAAAUGGUAAUCUUUACAUUGCCAAAGUUGAACCUACUGAUAAAGGCAACUAUUCAUGCUGUGUGACCAGUAAUUCAAUUACUAAGAGUGUAUUCAGCAGUUUCAUUUCACUCAUCCCUCAAGCAGAUCGAUCAAAAGGCUACGUACCAGAUAUCAGAGUGAAGUUCAAAGAUACAUUUGCACUUUUAGGACAAAAUAUGACACUUGAAUGCUUUGCGCUUGGAAACCCUGUUCCUGAGCUUAGAUGGAGUAAAUAUCUUGAACCAAUGCCAAGCAGUGCCGAUAUAAGCAUGUCUGGUGCAGUUCUAAAGAUCUUCAAUAUUCAGUUUGAAGAUGAAGGAAUAUAUGAAUGUGAAGCUGAAAAUUACAGAGGAAAGGAUAAACAUUCAGCAAAAGUGUAUGUUCAAGCAUCUCCAGAAUGGGUGGAACAUAUUAAUGAUACUGAAAGAGAUAUUGGCAGUGAAUUCCAUUGGCCAUGUAUAGCUGCAGGCAAGCCUAUUCCGACAAUCCGGUGGCUGAGAAAUGGAUUACCGUAUUGGAAAGGAGAAUUGAGAUUUUCUAGCCUGAACCUUGAAGAUUCAGGCAUGUAUCAAUGUGUAGCAGAAAAUAUACAUGGAAUGAUUUAUUCAAAUGCUGAAUUAAAAGUUAUUGUGUUGCCUCCAACCUUUGAAUUCUACCCAAUGAAGAAAGAGGUUUUGGCUGCAAAAGGAGGGCAGGCUAUAAUUGAGUGCAAGCCUAGAGCAGCUCCUAAACCAAAAAUUACCUGGAGUAGAGGGACAGAAAUUCUUAAAAACUCAACUAGGAUACAUAUAUGGUAUGAUGGCAGCCUAGAAAUUAUUAAUGUUACAGCAGUAGAUGCAGGCAAUUACACCUGUUUUGUGGAAAACAAUAAAGGAAAAGCUAAUAGUUCUUCUGAUCUUAUAGUCACAGCUGCAACAAGGAUAACAUUAGCACCAACUAAUGUUGAUGUCAUUGUUGGAUUGAAUGCUACCAUGCAAUGUCUUGCAUCCCAUGAUCCUUUUUUAGACCUGACUUUUAUCUGGCUCUUAAAUGGAUAUCCAGUAAAUGUUGAUAAAGAGAGUGAUUAUUAUGAAAGAUCUAUCAUGAUUAAAGACAAUGGUGAACUUAUUGUCAAGAAUGCCCAGUUGCGCCAUGCUGGAAGAUACACAUGUGUUGCUCAGACAAUUGUUGAUAAUGCCACAGCUUCAGCUGAUCUUGUUGUGAGAGGUCCCCCAGGACCCCCUGGUGGACUUAAAGUAGAAGACAUUAAAAAUACAUCUGUAAUUCUGACAUGGAAUCGUGGGAUAGAAAAUCAUAGUCCUAUAUCAAAUUACACUAUUCAGUCAAGGACCUUUCUGUCUGAGUAUUGGAAAGACAUGAAAACAGAUCCUUCCAUUGUUGAUGGAAAUGCGGAAUCAGCAAAAGUUAUUGAUUUAAUUCCAUGGAUGGAAUAUGAAUUUCGUAUAAUGGCCACUAAUAUUUUAGGGACAGGAGAUCCUAGUAUACCAUCACAGAAAAUUAGAACAGAAGGAUCUCCUCCAAAUGUGGCCCCUUCUGAGGUUGGAGGAGGAGGUGGAAGCAAUAGAGAACUGACAAUAACAUGGGUGCCUUUGCCAAAACAAUAUCAUUUUGGUAAUAAUUUUGGAUAUGUUGUCGCUUUCAAGUCCUUUGAUCAAAAUGAUUGGAAAAGUGUUAUAGUUCCUCAACCUGAAAUUGGUCGGUAUGUCCAUAAGGAUGAAUCAAUGCUUCCUUCAUCAAAGUAUCAAGUAAAGGUGAAAGCAUUUAAUAACAAAGGGGAAGGACCUUUUAGUCUUACUGCUAUUAUCUAUUCGGCAGAAGAUGCUCCUACUGAAAGACCUAGAAAUGUGAAAAUAAAAGUUCUGUCAUCCACGGAAGUAUCUGUUUCCUGGGAGCACAUUUUCAAUCCAGCUGUUACUGGGUAUGAGAUCAGUUACUGGUCCAGCAGUGAAAAAGAAAUAGCUGCAAGUAGAGUGCAAGUGAGCAGUCAGAAUUUUUCAGUUAUGUUAGAAAACCUGAAACCUUAUACAAAAUAUUAUGCAAAAGUGGCAGCUUUCAAUGCAGCUGGCAUUGGACCGUAUACUUAUCCUUUGGACUUUGUUACAGAAAAAGCACCUCCAAGGCAGCAACCAAGAAUUAUUAAUGCUGUAAGGUCCGGUUCAAAGUACAUCAUCACAUGGGAGCAUGUUAAGUCACAGUCCAAUGAAUCUACUGUGAAAGGAUAUAAAGUGCUCUAUAGACCAGAUGGUCAAUUUAAUGGUACACUCUUUAAGACCGGUAAUCACUAUAUAGAAGUUCCUGCACCAGUUAAAGGUCAGUACAUUGUUGAAGUUCGGGUCCACAGUGAAGGAGGAGAUGGAGAAAUAGCUCACGUAAAAAUUCCAGGAGCUGCUGCUGGAAUAUUACCUAGCUGUCUUGGUUUAUUGUUGCCUGCCCUUGGUAUCCUUAUCUUUUCGAAAUUCUGAAUGUACCUGAACAUGUCUUCAGUUUAGUGCAAAGGACUGAACCUAAAAGAAAUUCUUCUUUUUUUCAAUUUCUUGAGGCAUUGUCCUAAGCCAAUUAUAAUUCCAAGUAAAUUAUCUUCCUGAUUUAACUAUGGAAUUCAAGGACUGAGACACCCAGAAACUCCUUCAUCAAGCAACUCAAGUUUUAAAAGUUUGAGGAAUACUUUUUAACAUGUUCAAUUAUGCCUUAUGAAACACUUCUGCUGAUCUGCAACAGUUGCAUGAUUCAGUCCAAUGGGGCAAGUUACAGUGUAGUGUUAAAUCUAAUAAUGUAAGCUGUAUAGUAAAAAUAAAAUCACCACACAUAGGUGCUUUAACUUUCAUAAUAAAUUGUGAAAACAUAAUAGAGAUUGAAAAAUUGAUUGUAUGUGGUAUAUGUAGAAGCAACUAUGUCUGUAUGUACUAUCCUAUCUGUUUUGUGUACUGCAUUUGUUUCUAAUGGCCCCUGUCAUUUCUGACUUUUCAGGUUUUUAAAGAUACAGUCAAAGCAAAAGCAUUGUACUCAUUUUACAGCUUUUGUACUUGAAGUGAAUAAAUGGAUUGAAAACACUAGAAUGUGUAGAAAGGAGUAAAAGACUUUAUUUCUGGAUCCAUUAAUAAGUAUUAACGGCAAAGGAUUCCAGUACCUUAAUUAUAUAAUGGGACUUCAACUCAACAUAUUAUUUUAAAUAAUGCAAAUCAAGUGGGAUUUAUUUCAGUCAUAGAGAAGUUUAUUUUGCUGUAAAUGAUCUUAGUAGUGUGGGAAGCCCUCGCCCCCGAAGAAUGAAAUAUUUUGAGGAAUAUUUUAAAAGGCAGAAUAAAAUAUUUCCCCUAAAAGAGAAAUAAAAAAUCUCAAGGGAGGCAGAAACUCAGAGCCCCAGCUCCCAGCCCCCAAGCAAAUACUGAGGAGGCAGCUUUUAGAAAUGCAAAUUUGGUAAUCCAUUAAAGAUAGGAUAUUUUGAAAUUCCCUGCAGCAAAGUCUGAG